GGAGACACGCUGACAGUUGAGACCUGGCUGCCCCUGAGUACCUAGAACGGGCGCAUUCAGUCCGUCGGCGGCAGUGGUUGGAUCGCCGGCCGCUUUAUCCUCUCCUACCUAGCCAUGGCCGGCGCCAUUGGCGAGGGGUAUGUCGCAUCUACUGUUGAUGCUGGGCUUGUCGACGACAAUGGGCAAGUCUCGUUCACGCCGGAAGAAUGGGCCAUGGUCUCCGAAGGCAACGUCAACCUGUAUAACUUGCAGAGCUUUGGCUCUGUCGUUCUCUAUGAUCAGUCCAUUAUUGUCAAGUCCCUCACGGAAAGCUUCUAUGGACAGAAGCACGAAUAUGCUUAUUUCAGCGGCUGCUCUCAGGGUGGCAGACAAGGUCUCACGCUCGCCCGAGGGGGACUUUCUCUGGUACGGCCCCAACUUGGACUCUCGCCUCUCCGGCGACGCAUCCGGCGGGGCCAUGACGGCAGACCCGGGGUAUGCUCAGACGAUAUGUCGCAAUGUCACCUGUGAGGGCGCGCCGGUGGGAUUCGGCGACAAGUUAUUUAAAAAGGCAGUGCGAGAGUUCGACUCUAUCAUCGGAACUUCGUCCGCCGACCUAUCCGAAUUUCGAGCGGCCGGUGGGAAGCUCAUCACCUAUCAUGGCAGUGCCGACCAUCUGAUUCCUUUUAAGGGGUCUGUUCACUAUUAUGAUGAGGUCCUGAAGAUCGAUGCCAAUGCCAGGACUUUUACCGUCUCUUUGAGGUGCCGGGCAUGGCUCACUGCUCCGGCGGAAAUGGUGGACAGCCCACGAACACCUGGGCGGCGCUCGUUGCCUGGGUGGAGGAUGGCACAGCGCCUGAAUCCUUGCCCAUACAUCUCGAGGAUCAGCAUUCGGAAACCUCUGAUAGGCUGCUGUGCCCCUAUCCUCAAAAGGCCCUGUUCACGGGGUGUUCUGGUCGUAACGAUACGUCCAGAAGCACAUGGUCUUGUGUGAACACCCAGGACUAAGUACGAUAUCUCAAGACCGCAUUGGAUGUCUUAACUCAGUGGCCUCAGCUUAUUCCUGGUUCAAAGUGUCGCGGAGCGCUGCCAGCUAAUACUCUUCCUCGUGGACUAUGUGGAAAGGGGUGAAUUCACGUGCCACACUCAUUUAGCUACUUAGACAGACCAACAACUUAAUCCAAGCACAUACUCUUGAUCCGUG